AUGCGUACAGUCGGCGCUAUAGCAUCCGAACUUACUUUCACAGAACCGGCGUUCGGUGGCCUGCAAUGGCGGCCGAUGAUCUGCGCGGCCGGUUGCCAAACUGCCAAGCUUUGCGUCACACCGUGGAGAAAUAAACAUUUCCUCAGCAGUGCAACUAUUCACCGUGUUGGCUUAAGGGAACACGACAACUCCCCGGUGCGUGUGAUACGUGACAUUUUGUGGACGAUACUGCUGGUCAACUACGAGAUAUUCUGCGCCAUCUUCAGAUGUUUCGUGCCGGCAGAACCCAAAGACGUCAGCGGUGAGGUGGUCCUGAUAACUGGUACCGGUCAUGGCAUGGGCCGCGAGAUGGCUCUGCGCUUCGGCCGGCUCGGGGCGAAGGUCGUCUGCGUGGACAUCAACCCCGAGGGUAACGAACAGACAUACAAAAUGAUACUCGCCGAGAAGGGGAAAGUAUUUAAAUACGUGUGUGAUGUGGCUGAUCGCGCGGCAGUGAUGCAACUAGCCGAGAAAGUCCGUAGAGAGGUGGGUGAGGUGGACAUCCUAGUGAACAACGCGGGCAUCAUGCCCUGCAAGCCAGUGCUGCAGCAGACAGAGAAGGAGAUACGACUGAUGAUGGACAUCAAUGUCAAUGGCAACCUUUGGUUCAUCCAGGCUUUCCUGCCAUCGAUGAUCGAGCGCAACCACGGGCAUAUUGUAGCCAUAUCUUCCAUGGCGGGUCUGAUGGGCACUCGCAAUUUGGUUCCUUACUGCGGCUCCAAAUACGCCGUGCGCGGCAUCAUGGAGGCCCUGGCGGUCGAGCUGAGAGCUGAACCAACAGAUACCAGCGGUAUCCACUUUACAACCGUCUGUCCGUCCAUUGUGAACACGGGCCUGUGUCACAAGCCACGCAUUCGAUUCAAGAAAGCCCUAAAAAUCGUAGAGCCCGGUGAAGCUGCCGACAUAAUCGUCGACUCCGUCCUCAGGAAUGUUCUGGAAAUCUCCAUUCCUACUAGACUUCACAACGCUAUUCGGUAUUUAUAUCGGAUGAUUCCAAUCUCAGCAGCAUUUGCCCUGAACGAUUUAGCAGACUCUGGCGCUGACGCCCACGAC